ACAAUGUUAUCAAUGUAACAGAUAUGGACACAGUAGUGUAUAAAAGGAACCCUUGGUCUUCAAACGGAUGCUCAGACCUUAAGGGGCUACCCAGGUCUGGGACCUCAUGCAGGAGUAGUAAUAAAGCUUCUCCUGAUCUCACCAUUCCUGGAGCACCGCUUGUUCUUCCUCUGCCUGGGUCAAAGGCUAGAAUUCAUUUCUACAACCAUAAUGCUACGCCAUCAGUGACCCCAAUGGCUUUGGAAGGAAGAUGGCGGGAACGAGGGAGAAGUGCUCGAAGUCUAGGAAACCGCGAGCCCAUCCUCGCUCGGCUCCUGUCCUGGGCCCAGAGUCCACAAAGCCCUCCCCCCAGCGCGCGCGCACGCACAGCCCCGUCGGACGCUCACCCGAGCAGCGGGAGGCAGCAGCACUGUCGGGAGCCGGCGGCUGGGACAGGACGCUCGCGGGAUCAGGCUCCGGCUCCCCCAAAGGGCACCGGGCGGAGAAAUGACAGGAAAUGGAAGGGAAAGUGCAAUCCAAGGAGAACUCUCUUGAUACUUGGGAAGAGGGUCCUGGGUGAGAGAGGACUUGACAGUGUGCAAUCUGAUGAUUUGACGUAUGAGUACUCUGUGAAAUGAUUACUACAAUCAAGUUAAUUAACACAUUCAUCACAUCACAUGGGCAGCGUCACAGGGACGCCAGCGGCAGCAGAAGCCAAAAGAGAAGCCGAGAGAGAAGCAAGAGAAGUAGAAGUUGAGACAAGACCGGAGAGCCCAGAUAGAAUGAAGACUUGCUGGGGGCUGGCCCCCCAGCUUCCUUACCUGCUGUGUACCGGGUAAAUCCCAAUAAAAAGACCUGCAAGACCACUGAGGACUCUGACUCCUCCUUUACCCGGUCUGCUGAAUCAGAAAACCUGCACUGUGUCCUGUCCUGCCUUUACAAGAAGCCACUACAGAAAUUUUAGAGUUGAAAGGAUUUUUAA